AUGAGGGCCUACCUCUUUGUCUGCGCUGCAGCCCCGGCCCUCUGGGGCCCCGCUGCUGCCUACCAUAGGCAGGGGCCCCCAGGUGACCUUUUGGCCCACAGCUAUGAGGGCCCCCCGCAGCAGCGGCUGCGAGCGGGGGCCCCACAGGGGCCCCUGGGGGCCCCCCGAGGGCCCCUCGAGGCGGCCCUGAAGAGCUUCUUGCAGCAGCAAACAGACGGGGAGGAGGAGGCGGAGGCGCCAGCAGCAGGCGAAGCAGAACAAAGCAGCAGCAGCAGCAGCAGCACGGAAGCAGCAGAGGGAGAGGCACAGGAGGAAAGCUCAGGGGAAACAGACGAAGCCAGCGGCGAGACUGAGGCGGGCAGCAGCAGCGGCGAAGCAGCAGCAUCCCCCGAGGCCUCCGACAAAGCAGCAGCAGCAGCAGCAGCAGAAGAGGUGACUGAGGGCAAGGAAACAGAGGAAGCAGCAGAGCAGCCAAGCCAAGAGGCUAAAGAAGAAGCAGCAGCAGCAGCAGAAGCAGCAGAAUCAAAUCAACAGACACAAGAGGCGCCGAAGGGAGAGGAAACAGAAGAGGGGGCGGCAGCAGCAGCAGAGGAAGGAGCUGCAGCAGAAGCAGCAGAAGCAGAAGAAGGGGCUGCAGCAGAAGCAGCAGCAGCAGAAGAGGGAGCUGCAGCAGAAGCAGCAGAGGGCAAAGCAGCCACUGAAGAGACAGCAGCAGCCGAAGCCCCGCAGCCAGCGGGAGGGGGGCCCCCUGGGGGCCCCCUCCCGUUGGCUGCAGCGCAGCAGCAGCCUCCAAGUCCCGAGAGCCUCCCACCUGCUGCUGCUGCUGCACCUCAAAAGGAAGCAGCAGCAGAAGCUGCAGCAGGGGCCCCCGGGGUCCCCCCAAGGGUUGCUGGUGGGCCCCCCGGGGGGCCCCCUGAGGGGCCCCAGGGGGGGGCCCCUGAAGCUUCCGUAGGAGGGCCUCCCAAGGGGGCCCCCGGGGGGCCCCAGGGGGGCCCUCCGGGGGGCCCCCCCGAGGGGCCCCCCGGGGGCCCCUCUGACGGGAUAAGCCGGUGGACCCGGCAGUUCUUGUCCCACGGGAGAAGCACUUUGGGAGUUUUGUCUCAGUCGGAUUUAUUUAAAACUUUCAAAAAGAGAUCUCAAGAAAUAAGACCCAGCCGGACUUUGAUGCAGCAGCUAGCCAGCAGGUUUGGGGUCCUGAGGCAGCAAGUGGCAGAGGCCAGGGCCUUUCAGCGGCAGCAGCAGCAAAAGCUGCAGCAGCAGCAGCAGCAACAGCAGCCGCUGCAGCAGCAACAGGAGACGGCAACAGCCUCCCAAUAA